GACUGUAUUAGCUGUAUUACACGCACGUCACCGCUCGACAAUGGCGGAAGGAGUCGUUUUGGAGAAAGGUUCCUCUUUUAUGGACCCUUUUAAAGGCGUCUUGCUGACAUAUUUGAUACCAGAAUCGUGCUACGAUGAGUUUUUUCUCAAUUUCAACCUUCUAGACGUACCAUGUUUAAAGAUUUUGCUCAGCAAAGGCCUGGGGAUCGCCAUCAUCCUGGGAUCAGUGAUGGUGAAGCUGCCUCAGAUCCUGAAGAUGAUGGGUGCAAAGAGCGGCGAGGGACUGAGCUUCCAAUCGGUGCUCCUCGAGCUGCUCGCCAUCACGGGAACCGUGGCCUACAGCGUCGCCAAUAAGUUCCCCUUCAGUGCGUGGGGCGAGGCGCUCUUCCUCAUGCUGCAGACGGUCACCAUCGGCUUCCUCAUUCAGCACUACGGAGGGCGAAGCGGCAGAGGUUUCCUGUUUCUGGUGGUCUACUUGGGCGUGCUGCUCCUCGUGCUGUCUCCAGUCACCCCGGUGUCCGCGGUGACCGCCUUGCAGGCCGCCAACGUGCCCGCCAUCGUCGUCGGCAGGCUGAUUCAAGCCGCCACUAACUUCCGCAACGGACACACAGGCCAAUUGUCGGCCAUUUCGGUCUUCUUGUUGUUCGCAGGAUCGCUCGCACGCAUCUUCACCUCCCUGCAGGAAACGGGCGACACGCUGCUGGCUUGCACGUACGUCAUAUCGUCGGCCUGCAACGCCAUCCUCGCCCUGCAGGUCCUCUACUACUGGAACAGCUCGGCCGAGCGCAAGAAGAAGAAGAAGAAGAAGAAGAGAGAGUAGGCAAAGAAUCCCUCCGCUCCAGAACAACCCUUGCGCCGCAAGGGAUCCGGGAAACUCGACGAGAAACGCAGCGUGCCCCCAAAAAAGGUGAAAACGACCACAGUGACAUUCCUCAGUUUCUGACAAUUCCUCAGAAUUAUGAUUAUGAACAUGAAUAAAAUUGUACACAGCUUCA